AUGGUAGUUUUUGUAUUUAUUGCAGAGCCUUGGGUAGUUUUUGAUUCUAUCCCUAAUAAUUUCUGGUCUAGUUUGGACUUAAAGUUAGUUGUAACCAAUGAUAGAGGCAAUCAACUUUCAAAUUUAUGGUGUCUCUGUGCCAGAAACAUUAAUGUCACAGUUGUUUCUAACUCCAUGCAAUUGAUUGCUUGUGAAGCCACUAUGGGAGACAUAAGUUAUUUUGUUGCUGGUAUCUAUGCUUCAACUUCUUAUCUCACUCGUAGAGAUUUGUGGAUUGAGUUGUCAAAUUUAAUGGACAAUCUUCAAGGUUCUUGGUGUCUCAUUGGAGACUUCAGUGCAGUGCUGGGUGCCCAUGAAAAAUCGAGUGGUCCACCUCCUAUUAAAGCUUCUUGUGAUGAUUUUUUGGCUUUCGCAGAUACCAAUGAUCUUCACCAUUUGGAUACUAGAGGUGCUCCCUUUACUUGGACUAACGGUCAUAAGGGUAAACAGCUUCGGCUAGACAGUGUGAUGUGCAAUGAACAAUGGCUUCUUUCUUGGGAUUCUUCUGUUUGUAGUACCCUUGCUCGUGUUAAAUCCGAUCAUCAUCCUUUACUUUUUAAGGCUCAUAAGGGAGACAAUUCUUUUGCUUCUUCUUUCAAGUUCCAGAGCUUAAGUGUUAAUAAUGCGACUCAUAUUCUUGAGGUGAUUCAACAGAGAAUUGCAGAUGAGGGUUACUCUGAUGAGUUGCAUAUUGAAGAACUUGAUCCUUCAAGCAAGCUUAUUGAUGCUCUCAAAAUUCAGAAAGAUUUUUGGAGAGAUAAGUCUAGGCUUCAUUGGGUUAAAGAUGGAGAUGCUUGCACCAGAUUCUUCCACACUUAUGCGAAGAUUAGAGCUGCCACUAAUAAACUCACUCAUCUGAAGGCUGAUGGUAAUCUUUUAGUUUCUCAUGUUGAUGUUUCAAAUCAUGUAGCGUCCUACUUUCAAGAUAUGUAUGCUGGUGACUCUGUGAAUCCUUCUACAGACUUCAUCUCUAGAAAUAUUCAAAGUUCAGUAACCCAAGAUGAGAACAACUCUAUUACUUCCAUGCCUAAUGCGUCAGAAAUAAAAGCUGCUGUGGACGAUAUGAAUGCUAAUGGGGCUCCUGGCCCUGAUGGAUUUAGUGGUGUGUUUUUCACAUCCUUCUGGGAUAUAGUUGGUGCUGAUGUGAUUAAUUAUGUACAAUCUUUCUUUUUAAAUGGCUGGCAUAUUCCUAAUGCCAAUCCUAGUCACGUUACAAUUAUCCACAAGGAGCCUGGUGCUGACACCAUUGAGAAGUUUCGUCCUAUUGCGUUGGGAAAUUUCCACUUCAAAAUCAUUGGCAAAAUCCUAGCUAAUCGUCUUAGCCCUAUUGCCUUUAGAAUCAUAUCUCCAGCAAAGAAACUUUCUUAA